AUGCAAUCUCUACCCCCCUUGACUCCCUCAGCGCCGUGGCUUCCGCCCGAACUCAUCGUGACCAUUCUCGAGGAUGUAUGGGCAUCCCCUCUCACCACGGCAGAGCGUACAGCGACGUUUCGCAGCGCGUCGCUCGUCAAUCGCAUGUGGCUCGGCCUCUUUCUCCGCAUCGCCCUUAGGCAUGCCUACCUUCCCCCCCUCGAUGUCUCCACUUAUCUGUCACUGCUUCCCGAACGCACAAACGCCGAUGCCCAUGCGAAUCCCUUCACCACGGAAGCGUCGUUCCUGGCCAACAAGAUAUGUCAAUCCCUUACAUUCGACGUCGACGGACGCGCGCCAGGAGAUGAGCCUAUAGGCACCCCGGGCGAGAUCAAAAUGAACUUCGAGGUGGACACGAGCUCGAUAUCGACGGUGCUGAACAUGGUGUCCACGCUCAACCACCUCCCGAACCUGCGCCACAUCUCGCUCCGAUAUACGAACUGGGGGUACGAAGACGCGUUCGAGCAACUCUCCAUCUCCGUCUUCCCUCCCCAAGUGACGUCGCUCUCGAUCGAGUACGAUGCAUGCAGCGCGCACGCGCGCGAGACGUACCCCAAGUCGUUCUACACGCGCCGCCCGCAGCCGUGGGUGACGCUGCCGAGGGUGCGACGACUCGCGAUCGCGGGAGCGCCGACGGGGUUCGCGGCGGACAUGGUGCAGGUGUGCCCCGAGGUGGAGACGGUCGAGCUGCUGCGUCCAACCCGGGUGGACGAGCUCGCGCCGCUGCCGCCGAGCGUGCGCACGCUCGUGAUCCGCCACCCGCACUUCCUCCUCCAGUCGGAGCAGAUGCUGUGGUGGAAGUUGGAGGACGCGGUGGCGGACGGGCUGUUUGCGGCGAGAGGCGGACGGGUCAUCAUACGGGCAGGCACGCCGGAUCCACACCUGUUCUGGGAUAUGCAACGACUAUGCAGGAAGCACCACGUCGAGUUGGUUUAUGUACGAGAGGACGUUGCGCAUGUACGCUUAUGA